CGAGAACGAAUGUUCUGGAGGAUCGUAGUAUUCCACAUUGAAGGAGAGGCCAAUUUCCAGAGCUUGGUUUCUCAACCAGGCAAUGCAGCUGUCUACAAUAAUUACGGUCAACAUGCGAAGCAAUGUUAUAUCCAAGCGAAGGACCAGGAUGAGACUGGCAACUGGGAAAAACUCACAUUACUCAAAACUUCUGUCUCAAGUUCCUCUCAAAUAGAGAAUCCUGGGUUAUUCAUGUGCAUGCGAUUUGCCAUCGUUCAGAUGUUCGAUGUUGCGAUUGGUCCGAUUGUCUCAUAGUUUAUUUUGGUUUAAAUACCAAAACUAAUUCUGAAAUUGUUUACAAUGACAAUUGUAUUACUUAAGUUAACCUUGAACCUUAAUGGUUUGGAUUCAUAAGAAUCUUGAACGAAAUAUCAAAUGAAAAAUUGAUACGGCUGAUAUAGACAUUCUAUCUAACGUAGGUAUAAAAUAUGAGACUAGCCUGGUUACUGGAAAAAGUGACCCGUUUCUUCUUCGACAUGUCGAUUCUUUUGCGACGAAAUUUGACCUACUUGACAUCCACCUUUUGGAAACGUGCCAUAGCACCACCCCUACCUAAGCCUGAGACUGAAAUCCUCCUAAGCGACAGAAACAACACAGAUUAUUUAAUUAUCAAUAUGGAAGGAACGCUAGAGAAUGUGCAACAAAGUACGACAGAGGAAAUUACAGUAGCGGAUGUUGGGGAUGACAUGAGUACCUUAUUGAAACGAGGGUUCUGUUCUACGGCUUCGACUUCAUCCGACUCGCCAUUUCCUCAUCCAAGACAUCCAAAACGACCAAAACUAACGUUUGACGAAAGAAAAGAAAAGCGACUUCGGGCAAAAGAAAAACGACAGGCAAAGAAUAAAAUGGGCGAAAUGGGCAUUGAAACAAUGGACAAUGCAGGACGCCACAGCUCAGGUCAUGAUGGUUUCAGACCUAAUUAUUUUGUGGCGUUUAGGGUUUCAAACUCAGAGAUUUGGGAAAACAUUCAAAAACUCCAAGAACGUAUUUUGAACAGAUCUGUGACUUCAUUAGUGACCUGCAAGUCUGGUCAAAUUUUUAAAGAAACGCUUAUUCCAGUACAAAAACUGCAUUUUACUUUGCAUGUAAUGGAUCUUCAAACUGCAGGCCACAUUUCAACGGUUACAGAAGUCCUUAAAUCGCUCGUUCAUCGUGUUCAAGAGAAUUUUAUCAGAGAUCCAUUACAUAUUCCUAUUACGGGCAUUGGACAUUUUAGAAAUUCGGUUCUCUUUGCAAAAAUUCAUGGGGAUCAGCACAUUCGUGAAGUUGAAAAAUUAUCAAUUCUUAUCAAACAAGAACUGGAAUGUGCCGGAUUUAAAGGCGACUCCAAAUCUUUCAAGCCACACAUGACUAUUGCCAAAAUGUCAAAGGCAAAGAAAUUAUAUAAAAAGAAAGUACGAUCAUUCCCGAUUGAAUUAUGGCGUGAUGAUGAGCACACUCAUUUUGGUCAUCAACGAGUAGAAGGGGUAGAACUUCUGUCCAUGGUGGAAACGGACCCUAUCACAAAGUAUUAUAAAUGUGUCGCCCAGUUCAAAUUUCAGGAAAAUUCGCCCAGUCCUGCCAUCGCACAUGGCAAUCCAAGCACGACCAAACCACCAGAGUGAAAAUUUCCUCCAAAUCCACAAAUACAUAAUACUCAAAAAAUAUUAAAAUGUUAUAUAUUAGAGUGCAAAAUCACGAUUGCUUGACUUUUAGUGCCUAGUUACCCUUAACGGUUGCGACAAAUGGUCGAGUUACAAAUAAAAUAAUUAUUUUUAAAAUAGUUGGUGUAAAAGUCCCUUACAAAUACACCAACUACUUUGACCUUUAAUAACUUUUGAACGGGCAGACAUAGAGACUUAAUUCUUAAAGAUGAAAUCAUCGUAAUUUUUAGCUUGAUUUUUUAAGCUAAAAAUCUCGAGGGUACUAUUUCGAAGAUUGAACUUGAAAUCUCCAGUGUGCAGCCUUUACGAGCCCGAGUCAAGCUCCCUGUUAUCGGUCAAACCGACCAUUUUGCAAAUGCAUUUUAUUAAUGCACUUUACGCCUGUUUUUGUCAAAUAUACAAUGUGUAUUAUGCACGUGCAUACAUAUUAUGCAUUGGUGAAAAUUUUACCUAAAUUUAGGGUUUUAGCCCGAAUCAGGGCUUAUGUACCCGUUAUAUCCGUCUGUCCGUCUUGCGUCUUGUUAUGUCGUAAAACUAAUCGUAACAAUAUGAAUUUCAAUAGGAAAAUUUUCCGAGUUUAUUAAGUUCGUGUUUUGUAAUGGUUUAUAUACCAAAAAUAAAUCACAAAAUUAUAUGCACAUCGUUCAUUACGAGUCCUGCUCUCAGAAUAAUGCCAUCUUACAAGGCUCUGCAAAAUUGUUGCCUUUUUAGCCUAAGUCAGUUCUUAUGGAACCAUCAUGUCCUUCCGGAACACGAUAGCCAAAAUGGCUGAACCGAUUUAGCUGAAAUUUUCAGAACGGGUGAGACCGUAGGGCUUGAUCCAUACAGAUUUUUCAAAAAUGUCACUCCACAAGUUUAAAUGCAUUUGGUACAUUACAAUUUCAUGGAAAAUGGUUGGUUUGACCGACAACCACAGAGUCUGACUCGGGCUCACUGGAGAUUUCAAGUUUAAUUUUCGAAAUAGUACUCUCGAGAUUUUUAGCUUAAAAAAUCAAUCAAAAAAUUACGAUGAUUUCAUCCUCAAGAAUUAAGUCUCUAUGUCUGCCGAUUCAAAAGUUAUUAAAACGUAUUCAAACGUUACCUAGAUACUUAAAGUCAAGCAAUCGUGGUGCAAAAUAUUAAUCUAUAUAAUUAAUUCUGGAAAAUUAAAUAAACGCAUAAUUUAGAUAGAUAUAACA